AUGGAUCCAAACAAGAAAACCCACGAGAACACUGUCAUCAAUCUGACAAACGAUGAUGGUGUCGACUUGCCAAACCCCCAAAACGCACAGUCCAAACGCGCAAACAAUGGAGCUGGCCCAGGCACUCUCGCCAUGAUCCCCGAGCCUCAUCCUCAAAUCCGCCAACCAGCUGUGUACUUCAAUGCCGAUGCGCCCGUCAAUACCCUCAUGCCAAACGCGGGACAACAACGUCUUCCAAUCGAAGUCCGCGAACGCUGGAUGGAAGCUUACCAGCUGUCGGGGGCUAGAAUGAUGCGCCCGCAGCCGAACCAACCUGGAGCCCACGGACUGCCAACCACUUCGGAUGCCUGGGUGCGCAAUAAACUCGCAGUCAUCGAGAACUAUCUGCAGAUCGCACAAGUUCGAGCCCAGGCGCGGCCUGCAAUGAACCCUGUUGAGAAUCGGCUGCAGACAACGGCGCCUUUGCAGGGAAUUGUGACACCUGCAGUUGCACAAGCUUCACAGGGAAUAUCAGGCCAGCUUAGCACCGCGAACCCAAACCCAAACCCAAACGUGCGAGGCAGCCGAGUUCAGCACCUGGUCUCCCCGGCGCACCGCGGACCUCGACCUCAACCUCAACCAUCUCCACGAGGAAUACCAGGUGGGCUUCGACCCAGUCCCGUCCAGCAACAAGGCGCCCCGGCGCACCAGCUCCCUCGAUCAGGACCUUUCCGACCUACACCACUCCGACGCCUUGCUCCUGCACCUGCACCUGCACCUCGAGCCCCAGUUCCAGGUCCAGGUCCAGGUCCAGCUCCAGCUCCAGCACCAACUAUGCCCGAAACCGAGCGCGCAACGCUCCAAGCCCAAAUCUCCACGCUGCACGAAACCAUCAUAAAAAUAAUGACCUGCAGCCGUCGCAAAGUAGUCGAGCUGCACGGCGACCUCACGCGCAAAGAAGCGGAGAUAGCACGCACAACAACCGACCUGGACAACACGAUCAAGGCGCUGCGCUCGGACAUAGCAGACGGGAAGAAAACCCAGGCUGAGCUGCGCCGGCUUCUGCGCGUCGAGAAAAAGCAGAACCGCAGACUCGAUCGCCGCAUCCUGUUUCAUCGGAAUGUCAACAAGCGUGCGGCGGAGAGACUCGACGCCGUGAGAAAGCAGGUUGCGCAGCUUAGUCGCGCUGUGGAGUUGCCGCAGGGUGAGCGGGAGAAGGCGCUGCGGGCGCAUACGGAGAACUUGGAGCAUUUGAAUCGGUUGCUUGCGUUGAAGGUGCAGAAGGAGAUGGCUGAGAUGGCUGAGAUGGAGGUUCAGGAAGGCGAUGGAGUGGACAUGGAUGAAAAUGAAGAUGGAGAUGGGUUCGAAAUGGAAGACAAUGUCAACACAGUCCCAAGCCCGGCGGGAGGUGACGAAGUGGCCAACACCGACGCCCCCGGACCCUCUGGGGAUCCCAACCCUUCAUCAAGCCCGAUCUCAGCUAACGACGAUAACGACACUGAGUCCGAGGCAGAUCCUACUCCCACGACCACCACAGAACAACCCGGCCAGUUCCACUCAGAAGAAGGGCUCUGGACGCGCGGCCAUUUCCGAAAGAAUCGGGAUGGCGCUCCCACAUAUGUCAAGGGGUCCUGGCGCCGGCUUGGACGGGUCAAUCGCAAGAAGCAGAAAAUCAGUUCGAUUCGGGGCAAAGUGGUCGUGGGGUCGAGACCGGAGCCGAUCCGUGCUGGAAUUACGAUAGCGGAUGCCGUUGAUGAGGCCGAGGGGAACGAUGGUGAGGCUCAGAACGGUCAGAAUGAAGCUACGCCUGAGGAGUCAAAUAACCUGGAAGUUGAAGCAGCGGCCGAGUGA